GUAAUAUACAUGUAUACAUGUACAUGAACAAGUCCAAAACCUGUCAACAUGUGAUGACUAUAACGAGCUACAAUGGCGUGCUAAAUAACUUCGAUUCAUUUUUACUCUUAAGUCUUGGUCACGUUACGUUGGUGCAUGCACGUCAAAGCAGUAUGUCAUGUACACUGUACAUCAUGUAUGCUGUUAGCCCCACUAGUGUGGCACGGACUCUCACUCCCGAUUUAUCCUUGGACUAGUGGGGCUAAGGCUAUCCCAGACAGCUGAAGAAACACACAAUGGGUACCAAGGUAUCCAAGCAACAGGGGCUCAAAGCCUCCAAGAAGGUUGCUGUGGUGACAGCAUUCAAUGUGGUGAAGAACCAAGCAGCAGUGAAACGCAUUGCAGCAUUGAAGCUGACUCAAGCCAUGCCCAAAGAACUCCAGAAGGUGGACCUGGGCUUACCUCCACCCAAGGACAUCAAGACUGUAGCUGACUUUGCCUGCAUGACGGGCACGGCUUCCAGUGGGUUCCCCAUCCCAGCCUUCACCAAGACCUACUUCAGUGUCAAUGCCAAGCAUGGGGGAGGCACGGCCCUGAUGUUGCUGACAGACGUCACCACCUCCACCUUCACCUCAGAGCUGUGUCUGAUCCGCUGCGGCUUCGGUGGCAACCACUUCCAGUACACGUCCCUGAGCAAAGCAGGGGAGCACUCUCUGUAUAAGUACUUUCGUGUGCACACUGAUGCCGAUGGUUUCAUGUCCCCCUGUUUGCGAUUUGGUUUCUCGAGGGCUACGAUUGUGUCCAACCUAGCUCAAAUGGGUCACUGUGGGGUGUUUGUAGUGUAUUCAGGGCCAAAGGCAAAAGGCUUUAGCAGCACGGCAACCUUAAAAACGGAUAUCUCUGUUAGCCCUGGAAAGUACGGCAGCGCAUUGCUGGUCCUGUGUAGUGCAGCAGGUAAGAAAGGCUCACAGCCCUGUAAUGCGUACUUCGUUGCCUUUAGUCACGAGCCUGGCAAGCUUGUUGCGCAUGCCAUCACAGAUAAGAAUUGUGAUGAUUUGUGGAGCUUCAGCUGUGACCAGGGGAUGCUGGAAAUUACCGGUCCAUCACAGAGUCACUAUGGGAUCUGGCGCUCCGACGAUAACGGGGAUACCAAACCGUCUGGGAAAGUCGUUCACACUCAGACUUUCAAUGGGUCUGAGAAGACAGUCCUGUUGGAGAGCCUGUCUGGGUAUGUAGACUACAGUCUGUUGGUUCUGUGUUCAUGCAGUAGAGGGGUGGAUGACAUGACAUCAUCAGCGCUUUACUUGGUCACCGUCCAGAAAUGGGGAGUCAGGUGUUCCUUCAUUGGAGGAAGUUCUCGAUCCUCAGAACGAGCCAGUGACUGGUUCAUCUCAGAGGAUGAUAACCAGCUUGUUGUCGUUGGGCCGAGUGCUCCUUGUCGCUACAGCUUCAUGUCAAACCUUCCUGAAGACGUCACUGACCCACAGCAGAGGUGUUUUCAAAAUUCCUGCUUAGCUACAGGCUUUGAGAGCAAGUACAGGGGAGGCGUGUACAUUAACGGUGCAAGCAUCACCGGAUGGGUGUCUCAAAUGUCGCAGGUGAAGAUUAUGCUAAAUGGCAGAAUGAUCGAGUUGGUGGAGGCUGGACAGCUGUUGGAACAGCCUGAUGGCAGACUCGGAUUCCAGAGGGAGUUGAGCAGUGAUGAGAACAGCACCGGUUUGAAGCUGCUUCAAGUGUAUGGGAUGACUAGUGAUAUUAAUAACCAACCGGUGAGUGUUGAGUUGGAGGGCUCCCCCUAUCGCAUUGUGAACCAGCCCCAGGGUGUCCUGUAUGCUGUCAAUCUUGGAGGGCCAAUGUAUCAAGCGCUCAACAUGGUGGUGUUCUCUGGAACCGAGGUGACAUUCAAAGUGGACAAUGAAGCCGAUGGUGUGAAAUGUCAACGAAAGUUUAAUUGCUUGAUAGAUGCCAACCACAACUUGUACAACAUGAUGACAAAUACCAAUGAUGGGUUCUUGUUCAGCACCCACAACGGAACCCAUCCUGAAUUUGCGGAUGAGAUGUCAUAUGAUAUACCUGUCAACAAAUCAGGGAAUUUGACCAUGAAGCUUUACAGUGUCAGUAAUUACCUGAAGAGACAGAUCAUCAAAAUUAAUCACGAAUCUUAUUCUUCAGAGGUGACUCAACAGUUGAAUGAGAUCCCUGAGGUUGUACCUAAGUACACGGCCAAGAUCGUGUCUAUUCCCUUCGAAAGCAAUGGCAAUAAUAUCAAUCUCUUCUUUCGCAAUUCCCCAGGCCAUGGCGGGUGUCAUCCGGCCGCCUUCAUGGUUCACGAUGAUACCUACAGGGAGGCAACGCCUACCAAGGAGGAGGAGGCAGAGGAGAUGAGCAUGAAGCAGAAGUUGGCUGACACCCUAGUCCCCCUGGAUCGUACCCUUAAUCUGAAGCAGAUGAAGAUUGCUGGUUGGUCGUCCAACUUGCUCAUUAAUCCUUCAGGGGAGACUGGCGACCUUAGCAACUGGAAUUACUCUGGUAACUGGAAAGUGUCUGAGGGUGGAGACCAGACAGAGACAAUGUUCAUUUCGUCACAUAUGUGGUGCACCAAGUACCAGGAGGUGGAACUCACCGAGCACUUCUCUGAGAAGCACCUGGAUUCAAGCCCAGAAAUCCAGGUGUCAGAGUCUUUCCGAGAAGGCUGUAACAAAGGUGGUUUUUACUCAAUGACGGCCACACUGAUGGGUCAUGAUGGCAGCGUGAUUAAGCGCCAGACCACUGGUCAGCAAGGCAGCAUCAAGACUUCUGAUUGGAUCAGGGUCUGCUUUACAUUCAAGAACUACGGUCGAGGGGUCCGUAGUGUUGGCAUAGAAAGUGCAGCCAAGGAUGACAAAUUUUGGGCGGGUCACUUUGGUGCCUACUGCUCAGCUGCCUCUAUCCGGGUCAAGAGUGAGGUCGGAGCGGCGUCCGGGGACAAUUACAGCGACAUCCAGCCCAGCACGGGUCCCAGCUUCACCAAGGAGUUAGAUCUGAUGGUCCGUGGUCUGUACGAGCAACACCAAGAAGAGCUGACAGACAUGCAGCGACUGAUGGAGGAGAUGGAAGACCGUCUCGGCACAGAGAUGGAUGCCAGCCGUCAGCAGUCAGGCCAGGCCAGAUCACGCCCCGUCAGACCCUCCAACAAGACCAAACGCAAGAAGCGUGAGAUCCGCAUCUUUGUCUCCAGCACCUUUAAAGAUUUCAAGGAGGAGAGAGAGGUUUUGAUCAAGAAGGCAUUCCGUGAGUUGAACCGUAUCUGUCUGGAUCGUGGCGUGUUCUUCACCUAUGUCGAUCUUCGUUGGGGUAUCACCGAGAGCCAGACUGCAGACGGUGAAACUAUCUCCAUUUGUCUUAGAGAGAUUGAGAAGUGCCGCCCAUAUUUUGUUUGUUUGAUGGGAGACCGUUAUGGUUGGAGCCAGACUCAGCAUAAACCAGAUAAACUGCUCAACAAGAGCUUCAACUACGCCAUUGAGAAUUUCAAACCGCUGGAGUGGAUUGAACAGUACCGCUAUGAGACAAGUGUCACCAAGCUGGAGAUAAUGCACGCGGCGCUGAACGACACAGAGGCCAACGAGGGACGCACGUUCUUUUAUCUCCGUGAGCCUCGAAUCAGCAGAGAUGAUCUCCCACCUCCAGAUGAUGAAGAGGAGGAAGAGGAAGAGAAAAAGGAGGAGGCGGCAGCAGGAGAAAAGAGCGAGAAUGAAAAAGGAGACACCGAUAACGAUGCAGACAAGAAGGAUGAGAGCACAGAAGACGAGAAGAAGAAGUCCAAGAAAAAGCAAGAGACUCAGUGGCAUUUUGAUCGGCAGCAGCAGUUGAGGCAGACGGUGGAGUCCUCAGGGAUGCCCCUGCGUCGAUUCUCUGCUGCCAAUGAAGGAUGCGAGCUCAUCAAAAAGGAUCUUGUUUGGUGCGUUGACCAGGAUUUCCCACCAGGCUCAGAGCUCAGUGCUUUGCAGCGUGAGCAGGAGGCUCACCAGGCCUUCGCUGAGCCCCGCCUUCGCAUCUACAUUGGAGGCCAGGAGUACAUCCAACAGAUCAACGCGUACGUCCAGAAGGCCACCCGAAGCGGGGAGGACUUUGUGAACACCCCCUUUGUGAUCCUUGGGGAGUCUGGGUCCGGGAAAUCGGCGCUGGUCGCAAACUGGACUCGCCAGUUUGAGGAGGAAAAUCCAGGCAUCUUUCUCUUCAUGCAUUUCAUUGGGAGCUCUGCAGAGAGUGCAUCUCAUCUAAACCUCCUGCGCCGGUUGUAUGAAGAGAUCAAGCAGUUCUUUGGUUUCGAGAUGACAGUACCCUCAUCACAACGAAACCUUGUCUUGGAGCUGUCCACCUGGCUUCAGAUGGCCGGCAAGCAGGCCAGAGUGGUGUUGGUCCUGGACGCUUUGAAUCAGCUUGACUCUGGCUCUGGGGCUGGCGAAGAGCAAGAUCUGACGUGGAUUCCAAAAGAAUUGCCUAAGAAUGUUGUCAUGAUUGCAUCAACUCUACCAGGAAGGGCAAUGGACGCCGUGACUGCUGCUGGCUGGCCAACGAUGAGAGUCCAUCCGCUCAACAUCAACGAAAAAUUAGACAUUGUCACCGGCUACUUGAACCUGUAUGGCAAGACACUGAAUGAGGAACAACGAUCGUUGAUCAUCGAUGCCAAGCAGACAGAUAACCCUCUAUACCUCAAGUCCCUGCUGGAUGAGGUUCGCAUGUACGGCAAUUUCUUCCAACUGACCACGGCCAUUCGGGAGUACUUGGCAGCGGGCAAUCCUGGGGAACUGUUUGUGAAAAUCCUGGACCGCUUUGAGGAUGAUUUUGAGCGAGGAAUUGUGGAGAGGCCUGGGCUUGUCCGUGAUGCCACCACUGCUCUCUGGUGCUCUCAUCGUGGUCUGAGUGAGCAAGAGCUGCUGCAGUUUCUGCAGGUUCCCAGCAAGGUCUGGUCCCCCUUCUACCUCUCCUUGGAGGAGAAUCUGGUCAAUCGCAACGGCAUCCUCAACUUCUUCCAUGACCAUCUCCGCCAGGCCGUGGAGCGCAAGUAUCUGUCCACGCCGGAGCUGAAGCGGAAGGCAUUCCUAGCUCUGGCUGACUGGUUCAACAGUCAGGACAUUGAUGACCGAUAUGUGGAAGAGGUUCCUCACCUUCUGGCUCAUGCCAAGGAGUUCAAGCGGCUGCAAGCGACCAUCCUCAACGUGGCCGUCUUUGAGCGGCUUAUGAGCACCGAGGAAGGCAAGUUCCAACUCAUCAAGUCCUGGCAGCUGCUUGGUGGUUAUGAGGAGGUAGAACAGUCUUACCUGGGUGUCUUGGCACGCUCCGAGGAAUGGGAGAAAUCUAGACUGAAGGACGGGCUGAUACGAGCCAUGGCUGGCUUCUUCACACAGCUCGGAUUACUCAAGGGGGCCAGGCUUUUGAAUGAACGACUGCUAUCAGAGCUAGAGGCCCGGUAUAUAGGCAGCCAUGCUACCAUUGUGUAUCAUCACACCAAGUACGAGUACAAGACCAGAUGUAACCAUCCUGAUGUCCUAGAUGUGCUGAUAUCUCUAGGGACUGUCUCCAUCAAGCUAGGAGAUCACAAUGAAGCCAGAAAGCACUUCCAUGAAGCUUUGGAGAGGCAGAACAUGAUCAAGACGCCGGAGCAGAAACUGCAGCUAGUUAAGGCGCUGCUGGGCAUGGGGUCUGUGUUGAUUUUACAAUUGAAAGCUGAUGAGGCCAUCCGUUUCCUUCGACGUGCUGAAGAGUUGGCCACCGACGUACUCGGACCUAAACACCAUUACGUCGCUGCCAUCAAUGGCCAGAUUGGCCAGCUGUAUUACAGCCAGAGCAAGCUGGACAACGCCAUGCUGCUCCAUCUCUGGGACCUGAAGCUGACCCAGAGCGACGUAGGGCUGAACCACCCCCGUGUGGCGGCCAUCCUUAACAACUGCGGCCUGGUGCUAGAUGACAUGAAUGACAAGAUGGCUGGCGAGGUGUUCCAGGCCGUGCUAGGGAUCCUUAUCGAGGCAUAUGGGAAAGAUCAUGUAGAUGUGGCUACCGUCAGGUACAAUCUCGGGCUGUACUUCCUGGCCACCAACAUGUACCAGCGUGCCAAGUACCAGUUUGACGAAGCCCUGCGCGUGUGCGAGUUGUUUCUUGAGGGGGACCACCCAACCAUUCGAGCCACCAAGACAGCUAUGGCCAAGUUGAAAGAUUUCAUGCAGUAACAUGAUGACACGGGAUGACGACAGGCGAGAGUUUUUUUUUGUCCUUUUGGAAAAAUCAAGUGGUACAUUUGCGUAAUUUGUGGUUGCGUAAGUGACGGAAAAGAUAUCUAAAAUGUUGUCUUUGAUGCUGUUUAAAUUAGCAGUUUGCACUAAGUGUCUUUACUCUUCUGAAGGAGUGCAGACAUGAGCCAAGAAGACCUGCUAUUGCUUAGCUCCCUUUUAAGGUAGAAGUGGUUGUACUUGUUAUGUAAACUCAGCAUUGGUAUAGCUAUGUAUGUGUAUGCAUCUGUGUUCAAGUGUGAUAUGUAUGGAUUUCUCAGUGUCGUACAGUAUGUGGUGGGGUCGGUCAACCCUAAUAAGCCGGGGUAUGUUAGACCAUCUCACAGUCGGGGCUGGGAUGGAUUCCCUCCAGAACUCUGCUGCCUCAGGGCUGAUUUUUGAAAAACUUUAACAUGCAUAUAAAAGACACUCCUUAUCAGUCUGACAUGAGGUUUUGUUGUGAAGUUCAAAGCCACAAGCGUGCUAAUCCCUGUGCAUUGAACACAGCAGUGGAAAAGUGUCCUUCCUUAGCUGACCUGUCUCAGAAAAAUGGGUGUUAUAUAUAUAACAGGAUGUUCACUUUGCAGAAUAUUGAUGUGAUAAUGAUCACAAAGAGUUGCUGGAAACCUCUGAAAGGCUCAGCUCGUGAAAAAAAUUUUUACUGCAGCAAUACCAGAAAAAAGUGUCGAAUGGGGGGAUUGCCAGAAUCCACCCCUACCUCUUUUAGGAUUGAAGUUUGUGAGGUGGUGAAAAAAACGGCGGCAAUCUUUGGGGAAAGGUUUAAAUGUGAUGUCUUUUCAAAGUUCCAGCUCAAAAACUGAAAACAACAGCUUCUUUCUCUGUGGAUUUAGACCUUUGAUUAAUGACAUGUCUGCAAAAUUUCAGGCAGUGACAUGCAAACUCACCACCCGCUGCAGGGCGCUGGUAAUGGUUACCUUAUAGAAUCAGUAGAUGAAGAGCCCUUGGGAACGAGGCUGGUACCAGAGUGUUAACAAAAGAGUGAAGUGGGCUGUGAAUAUCAAGAACGGGCAUCUUACUGGGUUACCUGUAAGUGGUUCAUGGUUAAGCUUUGUAUAGGUAAAGCUUUUGGCAAGUUUACCCACAUGCACAAUAGGGGAUUUUUAAGUGGAUUAUUUCGGGUGGUUUUCGAAGGUCAGUAAUGCCAUAAUGUGGAAUGAAAGAGAAAUGUUGAGCAAUGUUUGAUUUUGCUUUUAUUUCAGCACUACAGGCACGCAGAUUGUUUUGCAGCGAGGUGAAAUUGAAUUCUAGAUAUUUUGAUUGUCAAAGCAAGCGUGCAUUUCCAAAUCAGUUGUGGGAGGGACACAGUAAACUGCACCCAACCAGGGGUGUAUUUGCAAAGGGUUGAGACAAUGGCAUCAGCCUUACGUUGCGAUUGUUGAGACUCUGCCUGAGGGGAGUAUGGCGAAAGUGGGAGUUGAGGUUCAAGCAGCACAUGCUAACAUCGGCGUAGUGUGACAGAGUGGUGAAGGAUGAUGCUAAGUGCUCUGCGUUCAGACGCUCAUUGCUAAACGGUAGUGUUUAGAAAGAGACUGGUGUGUAGAGGAUGUGGCGUUUUGAAUUUCAAAAGCUGUCUAGAACUACUAAUGCGGCAGUAUAAGUCCAAAGGUUGGAGGGUUGUGUUUUGUUGGUUUGUGAACUUGACGUGACCCUGAUGUGUACUUUAGCUUAGGGAAGAAUAGUUAAUAUCGUACUUAUAGUUAUGCCAACUUAUAUGUGAUUUCGGACUUAGUGUUAGUGAUUGCUGUAAAGAUUAUUAUUGAAAUCCGUCCAACUUUUGAAACAUAAAUAUACUCUAUUUUGCAAUUUUAAAGCAAAGAAAAUACAGUAGAACUUUUAUUUUAUGGCAUAACUUUAUUAUGUCGAGACAAAAGUAAUAUAAUCGUUGUGCUGUGAUACUUAUAUGAUGAUGUUUUAAUGGUUUUAACUAAUUUUCAUAGACAAUCUGUGAAUCAGUCCUAAAGGACUAUUUUAAAACAACAAAUACUUCAACAUAGAAGUCUUUGAUCUGGUGUCUUUGUAGCAUGUUUGAAACCAAAUGAAAGAGAGUUCUGGUGGUAACACCCUGUGGAUAGAUCUUUUUUUUGGAGGAGGUAUGUUUACAUUAAUUGUGUACUCGACGUUUCGACUAGUGUGCCCUGGUUGUUCUCAUGAGUGGAGUGUUGGUGGAGUGCUGGCGUAUAAGGGCUGAGCGGGAAUUAGCUUGCGUCCACGGAGCACUGAGGCGUGAGACGGAUGCUUGGCUGCGGGGUCGGUGAUGCGAGGUAGCAGAUGUUGAUGCACUGGCGCUUGAUAAAGAUUCCUGGUGUACCGGACUGGUGGUAGACUGGGUGGGGUUGGUUGGAGGUGGGGACGGGGUAGGUUGGUCGAAUCGUCGAGUACUUACUCAUCGGUUAUCAGGACCAUACCUCUUCCAAAAAGAGAUCUAUCCUCGUGGUGUUACCACAAGCGCUCUCCAUAAAAGUAACGUAUGGGUUCGCUCCCUGAUUGUUGUUUUUACACAAAGCGGGAAAACCUUGUCCUUCGAGUUGUAGCUAAAGACACCAUUUGUCAAGUCGCUUUCAUUUUUUAUUUUAUCCACUUGAUCUGCAGGACAAUCAAUAUCUUUAAUUAAAUUUAAUUGAUCAUCAGUGUUGUACGUUGUCCUUUUUGUACGAACUUGGUACUUUGGAUAAGCUUCCAUUCUCUCGUCAAUUUCGGGAGUGUAAAUGUUUGAGGCAGCUCAUUUUGAAUGUUAACGAUUUUUUUAUUUUUCGAGUAAUUCGGGUAAAAUAAUGCAAGAAUUUUCUCUAAAACGGCCAAUAAAUAGUAACGCUUAUAUUAAAGGCUUAUAUCGAAUCUAAAACCAAUCCAGAGCCGCGACCCUCGUAAUUCUCAAUUUUUGAAAGCAGAGUUUCUCUUUCAUUGUCUAAAGAUUUGAAAAUUUGUUUCUAAAUCUUCUUAUGUCUGUAAAGUCGGCUUCUGGAAACGAUUCUUGGGUGAUAUGAGCUCGAAUCGCUUCUAUAAAAUGUUUAAUAAGAAA